UAAAACCACUACCGCUGGGGUUUCUCGUUUCCCCAAUUGCAUCCCGUCUUUCUUAACUGGUUGAUGCGUUUUGAAUUGAAUUAGUUGAGUUUCUUUUUCGUGUUCUUAUUUGUUGUUUUGUUGGUAAUCCAGGAAGAAAUAUAGUAUUUUUCAUAGAGUUGUAGAAGAAAAAAGGUUUAAGCUUUGUGUAAUUUGAAGAUGCAGAACAUUAGGAGGUCUGUAAUAUCUAGUAAGAGCAUAUGGCGUGGUCCCUUCAGAUCAUUUGUGGAAUCUAAGCCUUUUCUGAAUGAUUUUGCGCCAGCUUCUAAAAGGUCUCCGGUGUAUCUGAAUUCUACUUUUGCAAGACAGUAUGUGACAGGUGCAAAUAUUAUAUCGAAGGGUGUACUUGGAGCUAAUGGCAGUUCUCUUCUUUAUAGAGGACAGUGUGGUGGAGAUUGUAUAGUUAGGUUUCAAGCUUCGGUCCAUCAUGUAGAAAAUUGUGGAUUGAAGCUCAUGUCUCCUUACUUUGCUAGAUCCUUUGCAUCAAGAACUUCAAAGCAAUCGAAAGAAGCAUAUGAGACCAGAAAAGAAUUAUCCAAUGUUGAGGAUCCAUUUGAUGCUCCUACAUAUAAUAUCCCAGAAAAGCCUGUGACAUUUACGGAGGGCGCUAGCUACAGUCUCAUAAUCCUUGUUGGGCUCGGGAUUGCAGCAGCUGCAGGAUAUGCUGUAUUCAAGGAGUUGAUAUUUCAACCAAGAGAGUAUAAGAUAUUCAACCAAGCUCUGGAAAGGAUUCAGAACGAAAGCCAGGUUAGGGUGAGGAUUGGACAUCCUAUUACCGGCUAUGGUCAAGAAACUAGAAAUCGUGCUGCUCGCCAACGUAUUCCAAACAGGAUUUAUACGGACGAAAAUGGCAUAGAACAUGUGGAGGUUAAUUUCUAUAUCCGUGGGCCUCAUGGAGCUGGGAAAGUUUUUGCGGAAAUGUUCAAGGACAAAACCGACAACAAAUGGAAGUAUACCUACUUGAUUGUUCAGAUCAAUUCACCUUCCCGAGCAGAACUAAUGCUGGAGUCGUAUCUUCCGGCAGCGGAGAUAAGAGCCUCUACAUCAAACUAACAUCAGGGUAAACUUAUUUUUGGCAGAGAAUUAAAAUGUUUCUGGAUGAUGAGCUUUGUUUCUGGUAUCUUUUAUAGAUUUGAUCGAGAAUUGUUUGUCCAUUCUCCUUAAAGUUGUGAAUGGGUUCUAUUCAUUAACUUUAUCCCUUAGUACUGGUGGUUGCAUGGAUUGAAAUCUUAAUCCUAUGCUGGGCAAGAUUACACAAGUUACAGUCAAUAAUAUUCCAGCAUUGCAGUUGUUUUCCCCCA